UCGACCAGAGGCGGCUGGCUCUCUCCCGGAGCUCGGUGUCGGAGAGUGAAUGAGGUUGAUGCUGCUCUGCUGCACCUGGAAGGACGAACGCAUGGGAGAGGAGGAAGCUGGAGGGAGUUUGCCCGUCUGUGCGGGAUGCAAACAGAGGAUCUACGAUGAGCAGUACCUCCAGGCCCUCAACACUGACUGGCACACCGUCUGCUUCAGGUGUUGUGAGUGCAGCGCCUCGCUGUCCCACUGGUAUUAUGAAAAAGAUGGACGGCUCUUCUGCAAGAAGGACUACUGGGCCAAAUUCGGGGAGCUGUGCCACGGCUGCAAUGACCCGAUCACCACCGGCCUCAUUAUGGUCGCAGGGGAACAGAAAUAUCACCCAGAAUGCUUCACCUGUCUGAACUGCAGGACGUUCAUCGGUGAUGGAGACACGUACGCUCUGGUGGAGAGAUCCAAACUCUACUGUGGUCACUGCUACUACCAGACCAUUGUCACCCCGGUGUCGCUGCCGGACUCGCCGUGCUCACGGAUCCCUCACACCGUCACUCUCGUGUCCAUCCCAGCCUCCGCCGAGGGCAACAACGGAUGCAGAGGGCGGGGUUUCUCCGUGGCCAUUGACCAGCCGCUCAGCCCGACCAACGGCUACAGCCCCGAACAUGGACACACCGUCAGAGUGUCCCAGGUGGAUGCAGACUGCAUCAGUCCAGAUGUGAAAAACUCCAUUCAUGUUGGAGAUAGAAUCCUUGAGAUCAACGGGACGCCCAUCCACAAUGUCCCCCUGGAUGAGAUCGACCUGCUGAUCCAGGAGACGAGCCGGCUGCUGCAGCUCACCAUCGAGCACGACCCUCACAGUCAGGGGCAGGAGGGAGGCUCCUCAGGGGCUGAAGAGCAAGUGGACGGCAUCCUGUCCACCCCUCUGUCAGAGGGCCCCAGUCCCAUCCUGCCCAUCACCCAGCCCCCCAACCCGGACAUCAACAGCCUGAGAUCACGCAUCAUCACGCGGAGCUAUAGUAUUGAUAAGUCACCAGGCUCCAGCAAUGCAGCAUCCCCCAUCUCCCAGAGAAAGGACAUCAAUCGAUCAGAGUCGCUCCGCGUCGUGUCCAAUCGGACGCACCGCAUCUUCCGCCCAUCCGACCUCAUCCAUGGAGAGGUGCUGGGGAAGGGCUGCUUUGGGCAGGCCAUCAAGGUGACCCACAAGGAGACGGGGGAGGUGAUGGUGAUGAAGGAGUUGAUUCGCUUUGAUGAUGAGACGCAGAGGACAUUCCUGAAAGAGGUGAAAGUCAUGCGUUGCUUGGAUCACCCCAAUGUGCUCAAGUUCAUCGGAGUUCUCUACAAGGACAAAAGACUCAACUUCAUCGCAGAGUACAUAAAGGGUGGCACCUUGAGGGAAAUCAUCAAGAAAAUGGACAGCAACUAUCCCUGGAACCAGAGGGUCAGUUUCGCCACUGACAUAGCUGCUGGGAUGACAUAUCUGCAUUCUAUGAACAUAAUCCACCGGGACCUGAACUCACACAACUGUCUCGUCCGAGAGAACAACACAGUAGUGGUGGCAGACUUUGGGCUGUCUCGACUCAUGGUGGAGGACAAGCACGAGGAGAAGUUGUCGCAGGGUAAACUUCCCGGCCUGAAGAAGCCCGACCGCAGAAAGAGGUACACCGUGGUGGGAAACCCCUACUGGAUGGCUCCUGAGAUGAUCCACGGGAAGAGCUAUGAUGAGAGAGUGGAUAUCUUCUCCUUUGGUAUCAUGCUCUGUGAGAUAAUUGGCAGGGUGAACGCAGACCCAGACUACCUCCCCAGGGGGAUGGACUUUGGACUGAACGUGUCCGGCUUCCUGGAGCACUACUGUCCCUCAAACUGUCCCCCCGCCUUUUUCCCUGUGGCUGCUGUGUGCUGUGACCUUGAUGCAGACAAACGGCCUGCUUUCUCCAAACUGGAAGAGUGGCUGGAGAACCUGAAGAUGCACCUGGACAUUGGUCUACCCCUGGUGUCUGAACUGGACCAGCUGCACAAGGCCUUCUGGGAGAACCACAGCAGCACGCGCCCUGAAAAUGGCCUGCACACUCACCCCGAACAGCCGGAGUAGGGCUGAACACGGCUGGAGGAGUGGGAAAUCAGAGUUAACCCCACAAGGGCAGCGGUGGCCUGCCUCGGGCGGUGCAGUGGCUGGAGGAGCCGUGUCAAUACUCCUCCGUGUUUGAAGCUGCGGGCGUAGGCUGGCUCAGGCUUAACGAGGAGACUCGGGAGGGAAAUGUGGAUCUAAAAAGCCACCUGUGCGAGCUGCACACACACACACACACACACACACACUCUCUCUCAAAGUUAAAUCAAGAGACAUUAACUACGAUAGCUUGAUUCUGCUGCACCCGAAGCUAAAGUGGAACGUGUCAUAUGCAAUUAGACCUAACUUUCAAAUCACGACUCAGCUGUUGAAUCAUUUAGAUUUGACACUAGCGCUCAUUCCAUUCAAGAAUACUUACUGUACUUACUGUAGUGUGUAUAUUCAUGUGGAUAAAGCAGUCCAAAAAACAAAGCAUUAGGCAAACCUUCAGCCUCCUCACUUUGGGCCUCUGCAGAGUACAUUGUGCAGUAUGUGUGUGCAGGUGUUUCUGUGUGAGUUUGGUUUGAUUUUUGCUUUUGGUUUGGAAAUCAAAAUUGAACAUAUGGAAAGUGCAAAGGAGAGGGGCCCGUCAAAGGCUGAGAUCAACCUGCUGUCCACUUGUACAAGUCAAACAAAUCCUUUCAAGCUUUAAAAAGCUCACUGAAGAGUGCAUGACUGUAAAUAAUGCUGUCAGGUCGUAUCCCGGUUCAUCGUGUCCCUCUGACCUCAUUUGAUCAGAAACUAGACCUACGUGUGUCUGUGGCGCCGCCCCUCUCCCUCAUUUAUUGUGUAGCACUGACUUAGCAUUGAGGCAUCGUUUGCAUAAAUCACGACGUUCUUUCACAAUUUUAAGAGCUGUUAGCGUGUCUCAUUCAUCCUGACGUGGCAUCUUAUACAAUCAAACACAUACCAGUGUACAUAGCUAGAGACAUUGUAAAUGUUUUAAAUAUUGUAAAUGUACAGACAUAUUUUCUAUACGUACGCUACAUUGCCAUAUUUUUAUUGGCUGACCAGUUGAAAUUAAGGAGAGUUAAAGUUUGACUGCAGUUAAUAGGGCACAGCUGAAAGCUUUAUUGUUUCGCUUUGGUUGGGGUUUUUUCUACUAUGUCACCACUGUGGCAAAUUUGGGGCUUUAGCAUUCGAGCAAAGAGGAAUCUUAUGGCCACAAAGUAUCUCCUACCCUCAGUUCAAGCCCAAUAAAUGUCACAUUCUGUCGUUUCCCUCCAUCAAAAAGGUAAUUCUCAACAUUUGAUUGAACUUAAUUGCAAUUCCGGAUGAUCUAACCAGAUCAAAGUUGCUGAACUACAUCGGCAUAUUACAAUAAUUCUGUGUGAUUUGAGAAUCUUCUACACUCUCGUCUCAUGUACUGUACAGUAGUUCAGGUGUCGGAAUACCAUCACCAGGUACUGCCUCAUCAUGUCAGCUGUCUCUCCUCCAGUGGAUGACCUACUGUUUGUUUACAUGUAAAUGCUAGCUGUAUAUACAUCACUGUAUGUAUGUGUCUGUCCUUACUUCCGUCUGCGUACAUUGCAUAAAUAUGCGCACCCCUCAGAAAUAAUCUCUUCCACUGUCACUGUCUCUCUUGCACCUUGUAACAUACAUUUUUCUGCCUCUAGACUAAAAAUCUUUUUUUUUCCCUGCUGUUUCCUUUUUUUUUCACUAGCUGCAUGAUGUACUAGCGAGGUCUGUUCAGCUUCUAAAUCGAGCUGUUUUUGUCUCAAAAUCAUCAUUUUGAAUAAGACAACAAAGAAUGAAAGACAAAAAUGUCAACAGAGAAAAACGUAAUGAGAAAAAAAACACAGCUUCUGUUUUUUUAUAUAUAUAACUAUAUAACCACUGAAAUCUUUUUGUAUAGAUUUGAGUACUUUAAUUUGCACUAUAUUACCAAAUGGCUGGUUGAAGCCAUGUUUGUUAAUUUCCUCUCUUGGGCUAACUUGUAAUAAGGAAACAAAUGAUGUCGGUUCAGGUUGAUAUAUGAAUGCAAGACACUGAUAGAGCCUUUCAACUGUAAAAAUGGGAUCUGGGAAAUUCAUCCUCUUGAUAGCAAAGUGUGAAGUUUCUGUGGUUUGUUUUCCAGGGUUCAGCUUUUAAAUAUAGUUGGGGCCUGUUGGAUCCCUUUUGGAUCUUAUUGGCAGUAAAAUCAUAUAUCUACAGGAAUAAUGACUGCAUUUUAGAAAUCUUUGGCAGAAAUCUCUAAAAUUUACCGUCAUGUCAGUUUUCUGGUCUUUGCUGCCAAGAGGAUGUGAUGUCUCAGCUCUGCCUGCUGCCUACAGACUGGUCCUUUGUGAAUGAUGUUCUGUGUUGUUUCUGACUGCUUGGUUUUAUAUUUGAUGCCCACAGAGGCAGCAACCACUGCUGGUCUUUCUGAUAAUAGAGCACUUAAACUGGUCCGUCUCACCUCUCACCUCCUCAUCAUACUCUUUUGGCUCAGGGCCGUACUUUACUGGAGCUUACUUCACAAUUCAGUUAAUUCAGCAGUUUAAUAGGAAAAGCAGCAUUCAACUAUAGUAGUGAGACUCAAAGAGCAUGCAACUUUCUGUCACUGUAUAGGCUAAUAACACAAAAUAUGCUUUUGUAAGACAAGCCCCUCCUGGUUGAUGUGUUCGUCCGUGGGCAUGUACUGUACAUGAGUGGCUUUGCCAUGUUUCUGUCUCCAUUCCUGUCUGAGCCAUGUCGAGCAUGUUAGGUGUGUCUGUGAGGGUGUGUUGAUGAUCAAUGAGAAUGUUGCCGCAGCACUUCUUUGCAAAGGAUCGUUACCUCUGAACAAUGCUGUGCCUUUGUUGUAAGCUAGCCUUGCCAACGACUCGAAAACGUGAACUGAUUUCCUUUUUUAAUGUAUCAUAAGUGCAGGCCUGAUUCAAGUGGAUUGAAUAUCGUUACUGAUACUAUGUUGUAUGAGAUUUCAUCUUGUUCUGUAUUAUAUUUAUAUUUUCCACAUCUCCAUUGUCAGUUUUGAUAUUUUAAUAUUUCUCUCUUUUUUUGUCCUAUUUAAUUUUUUACACAAGCUGUGAAAACAAUUCUGCACUUUAAUCCUGAAGGUGAACAUUUAGACUCUGAGGAGGCGACUGUUUUUUUUUCUUUUUGUCACAGCUAAAAAUAAAACUG